GGAGAGACAUUUGAUAACGUCACCGGGCGCAAGGCCAUUGAACUGACUAGAUCAGAUUACGUCAGGACAAUGAUCAUUGGCAUGGAAGUGGUGCCAGCAUCAUCACCGGAGAAAGUUGCAGCCAUUGCCUAUUACAACGUUCAACCGCUUCACUCGGAGGGCAUUUCUGUCAACUACGUGGUAAACGCUAUGCUUCAAUCUGUCCUGAACACAUCAUUCGCCAUCAAGUCCGCCAUCGCCCCACUCCCGCCUCCGUCACCAAAACAUCGGAGAAACAGCGAAGACGAUCCAGAUGAUCAGGCUGUUGGCUUUACAGUCGCCAUAAGCGUGGUUUUUGCAAUGUCUUUCAUGACCACGUUGUUCAUUGCCUCACUUAUAAAGGAAAGGCAGACUGGAGCCAAACACAUGCAACAUAUGACCGGAAUUUCCCCAGUAAGUUACUGGGCGGCCACUUUCCUGUGGGACUAUUUCACUUUCUUGGUGCCAAGUCUUGCCAUUCCAGUAAUCUUCGAAGUGUACAAAGUCGACUCAUACACCAAGGACGGACGAUCGGCGCUGGUCGUUUUAGUACUGGCUGUCUAUUGUUGGGCGGUGCUGCCGCUAAUGUAUAGCUUGCAGUUUCUGUUUAUAUCACCUCCCAGUGGCAUUGUCAUGGUGGUUAUGUUAAGCUUUAUGUCAGGCGUGAUUUCCACCAUUGCUAUGUCAAUACUGAAGAUUCCGCAGUUGCCCUUUAAGGAUACGGCUGACAUCUUAGACAUACUGUUUACCCUGGCGUUCCCCAAUUACAAUUUGGCUUCUUGUUUCAUUAACAUCGACCAGAACUAUCUGAACUUAAAAUUGUGUCUGCCGCUACAGGAUAAGUGCAAUUCUUUUCCGAGUGCUUGCUGCAAAGAUAAGUGUAAAGAGAUGUGCGUAGAGUUUGAAACUGACUACCUCAGCAGGGAAACUCUGGGCAUCGGAACUUACCUGAUUGGAAUGGCCUGUCAAGGAGUGAUAUUCUUUCUGGUGGUUAUGGCAGUAGAAUAUAAAGUUAUUCCGAUGGUGUGGUACGCUCUUGCUGGAGCCGACAGUGCCAUUGAAAAAACAGACAAGAGCAAAGAAGAUAGCGAUGUGGCGGCAGAAAGAAAGCGCAUCACUUCCACUCCAAUUUCAACUCUGAUAUCUACAGAUUCACUGGUUCUGAUAAACCUGUACAAGAGAUACUACAACUUCGUCGCUGUGGACCACACUUGUGUGGGCAUCAAAGAACGAGAAUGUUUUGGUCUGUUGGGUCAGAACGGCGCAGGAAAAACCACCACUUUCAAAAUGAUCACCGGUGAUAUCAUGCUCAGUGGAGGCAACGCCUACCUCAAAGGUUUUGAUAUCCGAAAGGAUAUCAAGAAGGUCCAAACCAACAUGGGCUACUGUCCACAGUUCGAUCCUCUCAUAGACGUGUUGACUGGGCGAGAAACGCUCACAAUGUACGCACGCCUGCGAGGGAUCCCACAAUCCAGCAUUGAUCGAGUGAUCGCGUCGCUGGCAGAGUUUAUCAAGCUGACAGAAUAUCUUGAUGAAUUUUGCGGCACUUACAGCGGCGGCAACAAAAGAAAGUUGAGCACAGCCAUAUCCUUAAUUGGGGACCCACCUUUCAUCAUGUUGGAUGAACCAUCCUCGGGGAUGGACCCUGAAGCCAGAAGAAGCCUGUGGACCGUGUUGUCAAGGAUACGGGCAUCGGGGCGCACCCUAGUUCUGACAUCGCACAGCAUGGAGGAGUGUGAUGCUCUGUGCACGCGUAUUGCAAUAAUGGUUAAUGGAAAGUUUGUCUGCCUGGGCAGUCCACAACAUUUAAAGAGCAAAUUUGGGCAGGGUUACACACUCAUUUUGAAACUGGGAACACGGGAUGACGGUGCGUUUUUUCCUAGCCAGCCUAUCGUUGUGGCGAUACAGAAAAAAUUUCCCGGUGCUGUGGUGUUUGAUGAUCACGAAGGAUAUAUCCAUUUCCAAGUCCCAGACGCAAAGGUCAAGGUUGCAGACAUAUUCUCGGUCAUGGAGGGGGUGAAAAAGGAGUUCAAACUGGAAGAUUACUCCGUGCAUCAAACAACAUUAGAGCAGGUCUUUUUGGCCUUCACGAAAAAGCAGAUUUUAGCCCCUGAGAACACAGAAGCCAGGGGGUUGUUCUCUUGGAUAUUUAGGAUUUUAACGCGACCGUGUCGAAAAAAUUAA